AUGAGUGAUGUUGUCAGUCCACCAGACUCCCCUCUUUAUUGUUCGUCAAAUGAUCAUAAGCCAUAUAUAACCGCAAUUUAUGGCAUUAAUAUAUCGCUACACAAUAGUGUCUUUAAGUCAUGUUUACUGCCCAUCCUAAAACUAUUAAGGUUACCACUUCCUAUUGGUAGUGAGAUAUUUCUCGACAUACACCUCUCUACAGAUGGGAGCUCAUAUUUUGGAAAUAACAUUAUGGAUGUACGUAGUACGUUUAAGAUUCUUUCACAUUUGUCUAACCGAUACCUUAAUGACUUACCAGAGAGCCAUUUCCCUACAUCAUUAGGACAACAGGAAGAGUUUAAGCAACAAUUGUCCCUUUACCAAGAAUUUCUACUCGAGAUUAAUCACCAAUAUACUUCAGAAAAGCUUCUUUCGGAUAAUGCAAGAGAUUCCCUUCAUUCACCCUACACCUCUAAAGAUGUCGAUCAUUUGAAUGGUAGUAUAUCUUCUGACAAGAAAAUCCUAAAACUAUCCCAAAAUGAGCUUAAGUACCAGAAUUUACAAGACUCUAUAAUGGAACAUACUUCCAAAAAGCAAUCUAGGGAAACUACGAGAGAAGUUCCAAGACACAGGCAGAAUAGAAACAUUGCUUCCAGAGGGGAAGGAAUGAUUAGCCUUAGGGGUAAACACGUACAUUCAUACAAACAUAGAAAUGAACAGAAUGAGUCGGCGGCAAAGGCCGAACCUGAUUUGACUGAUGCCAAACUAGACCCAAAUAUUCGGGGUAUAAACAAUGUCAUGAAUGACCCAGCUCAGGUUAUGUUCUUUCAUAAAAAUGACAAAGAAAAUAAUGAAGACCUCAAGUCUGGAUCCCAUCUAGGAACACUUGAUAGCGUGUAUACUGAUACAGUUACAUGCUUAGAUUUUGAUUUAUCUACAAAAAUGUUGUACACUGCAGGUAAAUACAAUACUUCAAUAAAGGUUUGGGAUCUCGAGACGAACGAUCAAGUUAUGGAUUUAGAUGAUCAUAUCGCGUCCGUAACAUGCAUGCAACUUCACCCGGAUAGCAAAACUCUUAUUACCGGUAGCAAAGAUGCCACACUAAAGUUAUGGGAUUUAGGGCUUGCUCCACAAACAUCCCUUGAUAGCACCAGUAAUAUAGAUUCUUGCAUCAAUACGUUUGAAGCACAUACAGCUGAAAUUACUAGUGUGUCAUAUGAUAAUGAAUAUCUUCUUAGCGCCUCGAGAGAUAAAAGCAUACGACAAUGGGAUUUGACUACUGGAAACUGUGUACAGACAUUAGAGGCAACCUUAUCACAUAACUCAGGAACUAAUAUAAAAGAUUCAACAGUAGAGGCCCUCCAGAGUGUUGGGGCCGCUUUGGCCACAGGAUCAAAAGACGGUAUAAUUAGACUAUGGGAUUUGAGGUCUGGAAAAGUGGUGAGAACAUUACUGAAACACCAAGGACCAAUUACUUCCCUCCAAUUUGACUCCACCAAAAUUAUUACAGGAUCGACCGAUGCCAAUAUAUCAGUCUCUGACUUAAGAACAGGAAACAUACUAGAAACAUACCAUUGUGAUGCACCUAUCAAUACGUUUGACUUUGAAAAUGAUAAAUUAGUGGUUGCAGCGGAUACCAAAGAUGUGCGUGUAAUUAAUAGAAACAAUGGUAGUCAUUGGAAUUGUGACAUUAAAGUUCCUGAUGAAUCAACCACAGUUUCUGUUAAGCUGAAGAAAAAGCUCAUGAUAGAAGGCCGUAGUAAUGGUGUAAUAAAUCUGUGGCAUAUAUAG